CCCCCCUGCAAAACAGAACUGAUCCCACUUCGUCGUGGCCAGGAGGAAGAGGAGGAGGUAGAAGAAGGGGGAUUCACUCUUCCUCCCCAGCAGGAUCUGGGGUGAGAGGUUGGGGUGGGAAGCAGCGGCUGAAGGCGGAAUCCUCGGCUGCGUCCUGAGCAGAGAGCAGCUUUCACCAGCACCAUGGACCUUUUUGGGAGCUUCGUCCGGCCUCAUGGAGAGAGUUUGGGGUUCCCAGCAGCCCGUCCCAGCAGCACGGGCACAGUGAAGACCCUGGGCAACACCUACCAGUUCACGGUGGACGUCAGCGACUUCGCCCCCGAGGACAUCAUUGUCACCACCUCCAACAACCAGAUCGAGGUGCAUGCUGAGAAGCUGGCUGCGGAUGGCACUGUCAUGAACACCUUCACCCACAAAUGCCAGCUGCCCGAUGACGUGGACCCCACCUCGGUGUCCUCCUCGCUGGGGGACGACGGCACGUUGACCAUCCGGGCCCAGCGUCAGCCCGCCAAGCACCCCGAGCACGUCCAGCAGAUCUUCCGGACUGAGAUCAAGAUCUGAGGAGGGGGGUGGGGGGGCCCCUGCUUCAUCCCCCGCCCUCAUGCAUUAAUUAUUUGGGUAAUUUGGGGAGGAGGCGGGAUGGGGGACAGGGAAUGGGAGCGCUCCCCCCACGGGGUCAGGCCCACGCCGAGGGGCAGGCAGGGUGAGAUGCAUCCUGUCGCCCACCGGAGAAAUUCCAGAGGGGAGUCCUGGCUCUGGUGGUUUUUAGGGAAGAUCCAGCGUGCCAAGAGCUUGGCUGGGAGUGAGGAGCAAGUUUCCCUUCCCUGAUCUCCUGCCGGAGCUUGUCUCUGUAUAUACAGCCUGUGAUAAAUUAUUGAGAACUCCUGA